CCCGCCCACACCUCGCACUGCCGCUCGCUCUCCGCCCUGGUCAUGGUGCUGAGCCGGCUGCUCUGCCGCCGGAGUCUUACCGCGGUAGGAGCCACCUGCGCCCGCCGCGGCCUGGGAUUUUAAUUCUCGUUGACUGAGCCAGGCAGGCCGGUUGGGGUCGAGAAAGGCUGCGCAGCAGUUGGGGCAGAUUUUGAGAGGGCUGAAGACAGAGAUUGGGGUAACUGGUCAGCUGAGGUUGCUGAAGGAUUUGUGCUAGGUCCAGCCCUGCUGGGAAUCCUCCUCUAUCACACGGAUUUGAGGAAGAGCUUAACUGUGGAACAGGGCGUCAUGAAGGUUGAAUUACUGCCUGCCCUGACGGAUAACUACAUGUACCUGAUCAUCGAUGAUGACACCAAGGAGGCCGCCAUUGUGGACCCAGUACAGCCCCAGAAGGUGGGAGGUUGUAGAAAUGGCAAAAAAGCAUGGCGUGAAGCUGACUACUCUGCUCACCACCCACCAUCAUUGGUCUUUUCAACUUCCAGGGACCAUGCUGGCGGGAAUGAGAAGCUUGUCAAGUUGGAGCCAGGAUUGAAGGUGUAUGGGGGUGAUGACCGGAUCGGGGCCCUGACUCACAAGGUUACACACCUGUCUACACUGGAGGUGGGGUCUCUGAAUGUCAAGUGCCUGUCGACACCGUGUCACACUUCUGGACACAUCUGCUACUUUGUGAGCAAGCCUGGCAGUUCUGAGCCCCCUGCGGUGUUUACAGCCUUACUGCUCCAUGGCUGUCCUCUUUCAGGUGACACCUUGUUUGUGGCUGGCUGCGGGAAGUUCUAUGAAGGGACCGCGGACGAGAUGUAUAAAGCCCUGAUCGAGGUCCUGGGCCGGCUCCCUCCAGACACAAGAGUAUACUGUGGCCAUGAAUAUACCAUCAACAACCUCAAGUUUGCUCGCCACGUGGAGCCCAGCAACACCGCCAUUCAGGAGAAACUGGCCUGGGCCAAGGAGAAGUACAAUAUUGGGGAGCCCACAGUGCCGUCCACCCUUGCAGAGGAGUUCACCUAUAACCCGUUCAUGAGAGUGAGGGAGAAGACGGUGCAGCAGCAUGCGGGCGAGACGGACCCCGUCACCACCAUGAGGGCCAUCCGCAAAGAGAAGGACAAUUUCAAGGUGCCCCGGGACUGAGGCGGCCAUGGGGCCUGGGGCCUGGGGUGCCCAUGGCUGCUGACUUCAAACGCAUUCUGCUAUUCAGAUGUUUUAGGUGAACUUUCUGCUGGGAAUGUUAAGAAAUUGAGUCUUGGUUUAAUUUUAAAUUAAUUUCAAAGCCCUUUGCUUGUGUUAUCAAAUGUUUUAAUGCAUAUUUAUAAGAGAAGAAUUUAGAAAGUAUUUAUUCCUGGAAGUUCUGCUUGCA